AAUUGUGCUCCGAGCCGCCGCCAGCUCCAGCCGCAGCAGCUCCGGCUCCUCCUGCGCCCGCCCGCCUGCCCGCCCUCCAUCCCUCCCUCCCUCCCUCCCGCACGGCAGCCGCGCUCGCCCAGCGGACGGGGUGUAAGGCAGCGACGUCGGCAGGAGCAUGGCCCGUACCAAGCAGACCGCCCGCAAGUCCACCGGUGGCAAGGCGCCCCGCAAGCAGCUCGCCACCAAAGCCGCCCGCAAGAGCGCGCCCUCCACUGGCGGGGUGAAGAAGCCGCACCGCUACAGGCCGGGUACUGUGGCUCUGCGUGAAAUCAGGCGCUAUCAAAAGUCCACCGAACUUUUGAUCCGCAAACUCCCCUUCCAGCGUCUGGUGCGUGAAAUUGCUCAGGACUUCAAGACAGAUCUGCGCUUCCAGAGCGCUGCCAUCGGUGCUUUGCAGGAGGCAAGUGAAGCCUACUUGGUUGGCCUGUUUGAAGACACCAACCUGUGUGCUAUCCAUGCCAAACGUGUCACAAUCAUGCCAAAAGAUAUCCAGCUAGCACGCCGCAUACGUGGGGAGCGUGCCUAAAACCUCACCACGAUGGGUUUGUCAUUCUCGAAGCAAAAUCUUCUUCCUGUUAUUGGUAGUAAUGAACGUUAGAUAUUUUUUCCAUGGGGUAAAAGGUACCUUAAGUAUAUGGUUGCAAGUGGAAAAAUAGGGGACAGAAUUGGGUAUUGGCAAGUUUUCUUUCCAUUUUCAUUUGUGUGUGGAUUUUUAAUAUAAACAAGGGGACAUAAAAACAAACAAUGUGGUCAAAAAAAAAUAAAAACAUUAAUUGUUGAAACUUGUUCACCAAAACAACUUUAUAAAAAAAUUAUAAAUAAACCUGUCAAAUUUUUCUGGACAAUGCCAGCAUUUGGAUUUUUUUAAACAAGUAAAUUUCUUAUCAAUGGCAACUAAAUGGUGUUUGUAGCAUUUUUAUCAUACAGUAGAUUCCAUCCAUUCACUAUACUUUUCUAACUGAGUUGUCCUACAUGCAAGUACAUGUUUUUAAUGUUGUCUGUCUUCUGUGCUGUUCCUGUAAGUUUGCUAUUAAAAUACAUUAAAUGA